AUGUCAAUGUAUAUGUGGCUUUGGUUUUGCCUAGUAGCACUUGUUGCUCUUCAUACUGAUGCUAAAUCUACACAAAAGAUACUCGGCAAACUUACAGAACCACAAGAUAAAGAUGAGGUUGUAGAUCGUGUGAAAAGAUAUACUAACGACGUAGACUACGUAUAUGUCGAUCUUGGACAAGAAGUUAAACAAGAAAUCGGAGUACCUGGUCCUCCUGGGAAACAGGGUGUUGAAGGAAUGAGAGGAUAUCCUGGCCGAGCUGGAUCUCCUGGAUCUAAAGGAGGUAGAGGAGACCCUGGAAAAACCGGACGUGUUGGACCUCAAGGGUUUAGUGGGUCUCCAGGAAGAAAAGGUGAAAUGGGACAUCCUGGUGAAAAAGGUAAAACUGGUGAACAAGGGGCUGUUGGAUCAACUGGAGAAAAGGGAAUGGAUGGAGCCCCUGGUAAAAAUGGAAAGAAUGGAUCACAGGGACCACCCGGAGAGGAUGGUAUUCAAGGAGAACCAGGUGAAAUAGGAGCUAUUGGAGCCGAUGGAAUCGAUGGAGACAUUGGGCCAGAAGGACCGUCUGGUUCUACUGGACAUCCCGGACCAAAAGGAGAUAUGGGAUUAGCAGGACCAAAGGGAAAAAAAGGAAAACCUGGUAGCAAAGGAGAUAAAGGAAACAGUGGACAACGUGGAGAUUCUGGACAAACAGGUCCAUCUGGACCCACUGGUCCAAAAGGAGAUCCUGGUUCAUCAGGAUCAGGGGGUGGUGGCCAUGGAAGAGGAGGUCGAGGAGGUGGUAGAGGAGGAGAUGGAGAAGGAGUUAAAAACCCGAGGGAAAAAGAAGGAGAUGAAGUUAAGGAUCCACCAGGUGACGCACCCAUAUAG